UGCUCGCUGGACAGCCUGUCAUGAAACACUGGGCCAUCCUCCUCUCCGUGGCUCUGGCCACCCUCCUGGCCCUGGGGACUGGGGCGCCGAUCCUCGGUCAGGGCUCCCGGAACAAGCUGCUGCUAGUGUCCUUCGACGGCUUCCGCUGGAACUAUGACCAGGACGUGGACACCCCAAACCUGGACGCCAUGGCUCGAGACGGGGUGAAGGCUCGCUACAUGACCCCCGCCUUCAUCACCUUGACCAGCCCCUGUCACUUCACCCUGGUCACUGGCAAGUACGUGGAGAACCACGGGGUGGUCCACAACAUGUACUACAACACCACCAGCAAGUUGAAGCUGCCCUACCACACCACACUGGGCAUUGAGAGGUGGUGGGACAAUGGCAGUGUGCCCAUCUGGAUCACGGCCCAGAGGCAGGGCCUAAAGACUGGCUCCUUCUUCUACCCCGGUGGGAAUGUCACCUACCAAGGGGUGGCUGUGACACUGAGCCGCAAGGAAGGCGCCCUGCACAACUACAAAGACGAGGAGGAGUGGAGGGCGAACGUGGACACCGUGAUGAGGUGGCUCACCGAGGAGGACCUGGACCUGGUCACGCUCUACUUCGGGGAGCCAGACUCCACGGGCCACAGGUAUGGCCCCGAGUCCCAGGAGAGGAAGGAGAUGGUGCGGCAGGUGGACCGGACCGUGGGCUACCUCCGGGAGCGCAUCGAGUGCCACCACCUCUCGAGCAGCCUCAACCUCAUCAUCACGUCCGACCACGGCAUGAGAACCGUCCAGAAGGACGCCAGCGACUUAGUUGAAUUCCACAAGUUCCCCAACUUCACCUUCCAGGACAUUGAGUUCGAGCUCCUAGACUACGGACCAAAUGGGAUGCUGCUCCCCAAAGAGGGGAUGCUGGAGAAGGUGUACGACGCCCUCAAGGACGCCCACCCCAGACUCCACGUCUACAAGAAGGAGUCCUUCCCCAAGUCCUUUCACUACGCCGGACACCCCAGGAUCACACCCCUGCUCAUGUACAGUGACCCUGGCUAUGUCAUCCAUGGGAGAAUUAAUGUCCAGUUCAACAACGGGGAGCACGGCUUUGACAAUGGCGACGUGGACAUGAAGACCAUCUUCCGUGCCGUGGGCCCCAGCUUCAAGGCAGGCCUGGAGGUGGGGCCCUUUGAGAGUGUCCACGUGUACGAGCUCAUGUGCCAGCUGCUGGGCAUCGUGCCCGAGGCCAACGACGGGCACCUGGCCACCCUGCUGCCCAUCCUCCGCUCAGGAUCUGCUCUCCUGCCAAGUGGCCAGCCCCUCUUGGUGAUGGGACUGCUGGGGGUCGUGAUUCCUCUGGCCAAGUUCACAUAA